CGGGCAAAUCGGCGAGCCGGCGCGAGACGAGAGACGGUCGAGGCGUCGGGUAGGAGCGGCCGACCGAGCUGCACCGUGACGGGGGAGCGGCCAUGGCGAGCGGCGGCCUGUGGGGCGCGCUCGGGCAGGCGUCGAACGUGGCGCAGCUGGUCGGCGUCGACGCGCUCGGGCUGGCCUACAUGGUGGUGCAGGCGGCGCUGGCGGCGCGUCGCCACCGGGACGCGUGCAGGCGGCUGGGGCAGCACGUGGAGCUCGUCGGCGGCCUGCUGCGGGAGCUGGAGCUCGCCGAGCUGAUGCGGCGGGAGGCCACCCGGCGGCCGCUCGAGCAGCUCCGGGGCGCGCUGCGGCGGUGCUACGCGCUCGUCACGGCGUGCCAGGAGGACCGCGGCUACCUCCACCGCCUGCUCCUCGGCGCCCGGAUGGCCGACGAGCUCGGCGCCGCGCAGCACGAGAUCGACAUGUACAUCCGCCUCAUCCCUCUCAUCGCCCUCGUCGACGGCAGCAACAAUCGUCGUGUCACACAGGUAACCGAGGGGGAACCCAGUAUGGUCCCAAGCUGUUCAGACCAUCACACAAGGUUUCCAAGCAGAGUAGUGGAGUUCAUUGAUUUACAUGUUCAAGGAGCGGCAAAACCUGGUGAAAUUGCGGGGAAAUCAGUAACAGUGGACCUGCAAGAAGGAAAAAUAAUGGACAUUGAGGCAGUACUGAAGCUUUGUAUCCAUACUGAGAAGAACUACCCAGGAUUUAGGAGGUUUGAUUUCUUUCAGAUUAUGGAAGCUACAGAUGGUUUCUCUGAGAAGAGAAAACUUGGCAAGGGUGGAUUUGGUACUGUUUACAAGGGCCACUUACAUGAUGGACUUACAGUUGCCAUGAAGAGAUUUGAUGCUGAUGCAGCAAUAUUUGAUUUCAAAACCGAGUUGCAGCUUGUAAGUAUUCACCAUGGCAAUCUAAUUAAGUUAUUGGGGUGGUGCAUCCAUGAAAAAGAAAGGAUCCUUGUCUAUGAGUACAUUCAGAAAGGCAGUUUGGACAGGACCAUUUUCCGCAAAACGAAGGGAGCAUUGCUAAAUUGGUCUAAGCGACUUCAGAUAAUUAAAGGGAUAGCUGAGGGGCUUCUUUAUCUGCACAAGCACUAUUGGAUUGUACAUAGGGAUUUGAAACCCAAUAACAUCCUCUUAGACCUUGACACGAACCCAAGGAUUGCUGAUUUUGGAUCUGCAGUGACACUGGUUUCAGAUGUAGCAGAGGAGCAUACAGGGAGAGUUGUGGGAACCAGUGGUUACAUAGCUCCGGAGUAUGCAUCUCAAGGCAUCUACUCUCUUAAGACAGAUGUGUUUAGCUUCGGCGUCUUGGUUCUUGAAAUCAUUAGUGGACGAAGGAAUUUCACAAUGGAGCUGCAAGGGGAUACCGUUGGCAAUCUCGUUCGAGAUGCAUGGCAUAUGUGGAGAGACGAGAAGUUGCAUGAGCUUGUGGAUCCAGCACUAUCUGAUGGAUAUGAUAGCCCUGUGAUAAUUCGAUGCACCCAGGUGGCGCUUCUUUGUGCUCAGGAAGAUCCAGCAGAUCGACCCACAAUGACAGAUGUUACUGCAAUGCUGAACUCUGAAAGCAUAUUGCUGUCAGAUCCAAAGGAGCCAACUGAGCUGACUAAUGGAGGUGCUAGUGCUGACAGUUCAUCAUCAUAUACUGGUCAGUCAAGCAAGACGAUAGACAUAACCAUCACGAGUUCAGCUCCGGUGUCAACCAGAAUUCGCAUCAUUGUUGACCGAGAUUUGACUGGAGAAAAAUACAACCAACAACUCUUGUAUAGUCGUAUAGAUAUAGAUGGUUGUAAAAAAAUGAUAGACUCGUCGAGUCUUUGUAUUGGUAUACCCAAGUGAUGCAAAUUUAUGUAGAUUGUGAUGUCGAGUGAUUGAGCUAUCAGCUAUGGUGUCUGACGCUGCAUUUCAAGAUGAUUACUCAACAACAGGCCAUGU